UGAAUCCCGAUUGAGAACGCAUAUAAUCACAUCAUUUGAUAGUGUAUAUCGUCGAGACUAGACUGAGAAGCAUUGGAUGCUUCUCGUCGCAAUGAAUACAUGAGGUUUGGUUGGGGUGUUCAAGAAUCAUUGCAAAGAACAUGAACAUAUGGUAUUUGGCAGUCAAUCUAUUUUCUCACUACGGGGAGAGGCCCGGCCCGGAACAUCCAACGCCGAGUAACCCGAGCGUUAGAAUUUUCGGAAUUGCUGCUGUGCUAUUUCCUUCACCACCACUACGCUCUUUCCGUUACGACGUUACGACUAUGCCCUUUAUCCACAAUAAACAACUCUACUCUGCUUCAAAUAACACCCGUCAAAUCGAAGAGCACACAUAUACUCAAGAGUCUGUCGAUUUGAUGUCCCCAACAUUUAUUCUUCCUCAAGCACAACCUACUCAAAUAAACAAUAAAGACAUCGCUCUUAUCACUCUCAUGGCGAUAUUCAUCCUCCUUAUUGGUGCAGCCGCUAUUCGCCUUGCUCAUCUAGUGUACUUCAAGGAAGACGCGUCCUAUGGCCCUCGCGUAAUCUCUAGUUCUAAGACAUUCACUGAAAGCUCAAGCACUCUUCCUUUAACUUCCUCAAGUACACCUCGAGUAUCUUCCUCCAUCAAGUUUAUCGCGUCAGAUGACAUGGACGACCCGUUUGAUUUUCCCAACGAUAAAAUCGAACGAGACAUUACAUUUUUAUUUCCUUUCGCUCGCCCGGAGACUCCACCUUGCCCCCCAAGGCGGCCUCCAGCAUUUUUAAGAGAAGAAGAAGAAGAUAUUGCAGCCAUGCUGUCAAUUAGAGCUGGCCAAGAAAGCGUGUGCAGGAGAGGCCACAGAGAAAAGAAGGAGUCAGAAUCUUCGUCGACAACUACUACAUCUACCGUCCAGGAUAGUCUCUGUCCGAGCGAGCAGAGAUCAUCGGUUACAUCUGUUUAUUCUAUAUCUAUCCGAAGUGAAGACGAGGAGGAAGAAGAUAUGGAAGAAGCGGUCGAGGUUUAUGAGGUGAAACGAGUCCAAACGCAAAGUAUGGAGGUAAAAAGAGGUGUAUUGAUGUCCUGGAGAACGUCAAGACCACAAAGUCCUGCACCAGAUAUGCCCACAGUUGUCAUUUCCGAAUCCAGCUCUGAUACUGGCGCCUUGGACACCAUCAUACGCAGCGAUAAUGCAUUCCUUCAACCCCUUCCCUCGCUCUUGAUCACCCAUCCCAGCGAAAUCAGUCUUGUGUCGACUACGAGUACCGUUUCUGUCGAUCUCGACGAGUUUCCUUUGCCCCCCAAUCUUCCAAUCCUUCCGAAAAUCCAAUCUGUGGACCUACCGCUGAUGUUCAUAGUACCGGACGUAGACGGAUCGACUUUUCGGAUGAGUAGGGAGGAAAAAAGGUCGACGGUUGAUCAAGUGAUAACUAUGUACGAAGGUCACUAGUUUGAAAGCGGUGAACCGUACAGAUCUCAUGAAUACACAAUACCCUACCAUUGAACCGAAUGUACUUUAUAGGCAGCCCAAAGCUACCCUACAACGCUAAAAAUGUACAAUCCCCGAUUGACAAUCCCUUAACCAAACCUAACCUAACCGGGAGGAUGAAGAUUAACCCCUGAAAAUUGAGUAUAUGUAGGU